AUGACGAAAUCACUAAAGAUGGGAUACAUUACCAAGGGAAGUUCAGAACAGAAUAAGAAUAUAAAACUUCAGCUGUUUGUGUACUUGGUACUAGGUGUGACCUGCCUCUCUGUGGCACUCUGCACGGUACUAGUGGAUCCUAUACGUAUCAUUUCUGUCUAUUACGCCCGCGUGGGCCCUGGCACCCUCCUAGACGUGGCGCUGAAGAAGGAAACCGACAGCAUCCACCUUUCUGCCUACCUCUUCAACAUCACCAACGCUGACCGGUUCGCCAGUGGAGAGGAUGACAAGCUCAAGAUGGAAGAAGUUGGUCCUUUUACUUAUCAAGAGAACCGCACGAAUGAUGACAUGGAGAUAGACUUAGACGCUGGAGUGGUGCGGUACACCCCUCGACACAGGGUUACCUUCCUGCCUGAGGAGUCAGUCGGAAGACCAGAGGAUAUGGUGCUGACCAUGCCAAAUAUUGCUAUGCUGAGCAUGGCAUCAGGAGUAUCCACUUACGGGUAUUUCGCGAAAAUGGCGUUCAACAUGCUAGCAGGUCGGCUGGGAAGUGAACCCACUGUCAAUAUAACAGCCCACGACUACCUGUGGGGUUAUAACGAGCCGCUCAUCAGUCUGGGGAACAGCAUCCUGCCUGGAUGGAUCAAUUUUGAUACUUUAGGCGUUUUGGAUAGACUGUACGAUGAGAAGGCGCCUCUCAGGGUGGAAGUGAGCGCUCAUAACGACGACAAGUUCAUGAUCAAAUCAGUUAAUGGCGUCAGUGGGCUGCCAAACUGGGGGUAUCCGGAUACCAGGUCAUCAUGCAACAGUUUCAACAACAGCUACGAAGGCAUCAUCUAUCCACCAGACAUAUCUGCCGAAAGACCUCUGAAGAUCUAUCGCAACGUCCUCUGUCGGUUUAUGGAGCUGGAGUACGUGGAGGACAAGAUCACGGACUAUGGAGCCACCGGCAUGUGCUUCCAGAUCACCAACAACAGCUACAGCAAGAUCCCUGAGAAUGAGUGCCUCUGUGCCAAGGGGAUCUGUCACGAUGGGAUCUCUGAUCUGUCCCCUUGUUUUUAUGGUCUGCCAGUCGUUCUAUCCAACGCUCAUUUUUUGGAUUCAAACCCGCUAUUGUACGACCGCAUCGAGGGUAUGAAACCUGACAGAGAGCAACAUGGGAGCGAAUUUAUGAUAGAUCCUAUCAUCGGUCUGGUGAUGGCGACGAAGUUCUCGGUGCAGGUGAACGUGCUGCUGCGUGACGUCAGCUUCAAUUCCAAGCUCAGCAAGUACUCCGACAUGUUCCUGCCCAUCGUCAACAUCAAAAUUGUCCAACCAAAACUAGCAGACGAUCAAAUCGCUACUCUUCGAUUGAUGCACGUCUACGCACCAUACAUACUGCUGGGAGUCCAGCUAACCUUGGUACUAUCUGGACUCCUCCUUCUAGCACAUUCUGCGAGAAUUCUCUACUGGAACUGGAUAUCCUCUAGAAGAAAAGGCUUGGGAUUCACUUGUGAAAGAAUAAACGUGAAGGAAACUUUAAGCACUGAACCACUUAUGAAGAUAAUAAGAUAA